AUGGCUAACGCUGAAAUGCUAACUAUGUACAUCAAAAAACUAAGUCAUCCACUGAAGGAAAUUCGUGAAAGAUCUCUGUUAUUGUUGUUAGCAAAAUUGAAAUUAGGUUGGGAGUUAGAGGAUGAGUUGUCGGGUACGAGAGAAUUGCUAGAAGGUAUUUUGGCAUGGUUCCAGACACCGCAACAGUCUUUACAAAGUGAAGCGUUGGAAUUACUACUUACAACUAUCAAGGCUACAUCCGAGUCCAAUGAUGACUCUGAUAUCAAUAGAUACAGGAGCUUGAACACCACGGAGUGUGUGAGAGUACUACUGUUCCCAUGGGUAGAGUUGUGCCAAUCUGACAAGAAAACUUUGUUAUUAGUAGAAGAUGCCCUAAGACUAUUGAAGUCUACAAGACGGUGCUGCAGAUUCAUUCGCGAUGUUUUCCUGCGCGAUUUCUAUGCUGAAAUAUUUUUGAAUAGACCUGAGAUCAUAAAGAGUUUAUUGACAAUAUCAGAUGGUAACCACGGCGGGCGCCCUGGCGAAGCUCUUUGUGUCUUGCUGUAUAUAACAAAAGCUCUGCGCGCACGACUGUUACAGUUAUCUUCUUUGGACUUGAUACAUGAAACUAACAAGGUUUCAGAAGAACAUAGAGAUAUGAUAGACGAUGAUGUGAAUCUAGAAUUACAAGAAAUAGCCGGUGAGUCACAUCUUCGCACGCCGGCUGAAGAAGAUGGUCUUGUAGUACUGAGACAACUGCCUGCACCCUUGUAUGCUCUGGAUACGCUACAUGCAGUGCUCACUAUAAUGGCUAGAAGCGUCGUGUUGGCUGACCCAGUUGAUAAAACCGAGUUUUUGAAUGUUAGAGAAUUGAACACAUGCCUCUGCCUAAUAGAGAGUCUGGUCGAGUUGUUACUCGACUGUAUUAACGACAGCUUCUGGAGUAUGGACCAUAAUGCCAAGACUUACAGGGACAUUUCACAUAAAAGUUGCAUGGUUAUGCGCCUGAUGGGAGACCUAUUGAACAAAUACAGAAAAUCAUUCUUCGAUGAUCUCGACCGUAGUCAUCAUCGCGUAGCGUGGUUACGUCUGACGUUUUGCGCAGAAAAACUCUUGCACUGGGCGCGAGACUCCGCCCUGCCACCGACUUCGCUUGUCAAUGCAUUACAAAUAGCUCAGCUCGAUCCAGGCGUAGAACUGUUUUACCCAACGUUAAGUAAAAAGAUUGAAUUGGUUUUACAGAGUACUAGAAUAACUGUUAACCAAGAAUAUAAAAGCAAAUAUAAGGAACUGAAGAAAUUAUUCUCAAGCAUGGAUGGGGCUGCUCAGUUUAUGAACAAUAAGAAAUUGCAUAAAUCAAAGAAAGUGCUCACGUGCAUAAAGAGCUGUAUCCCUAUUUUAGAGCUCUUUCAAAGUGAACAUCUUUUAGCUGAUAUGUCGGAUAUUUUGGUGAAACAGGCGAAAGAUUUGGACUUUAAUGAUAGUGACUGGUCUGUCGCUCGAAGUAUUGCCUUGUCUUUGAUGGGUCACAAUGUGGAUUGGGUGCAAAUUACAUUUUACAAGUCUUUGGCUGAGAUGGUGAAGUCUGUGUUGGUGGGAGAUGAGAAUGAGAAGAGUCUGACGUUACUGUGUGAUGUUGGUAUACUGACAGAGAUAUGCUGUCAUGGACUCUCUUCUAAAUGUAAAGAGACAACAGGGUUGACCCAAAUCCUGGACGUGUUAAAACAAGACGUAGUACUCGAUGACGAAGGACACUACAUAUCUCGUAACACGAUGCAACCUGCCCUCGAGCCCUCGUUGCGACGUAGCACGUUGCAGCAACUCGCUGUUAUAAAUGUCACUGAUGGUGGACGAUUAUCUAGCAUUUCCGGAGUGUGCAAUCAGUUGCGUGUCUAUACUUAA